AUGUCUUAUUCGCAAAUACGCUAUAAUCAUUAUAAAUAUCGACCAAUAGAGGUUUUUUCUAAAUCAGUAAUAUACAUGGUUGUCACCUUACCAAAUGUUUGUGGAGAAAUUGGUGUGAACUGUGGACCUGGUGCUGUUGUUGGACAACCAUACCGUAUGGAAUGUACUAAUAUUCCAGCUGUUACCAAUGGUUUAAAUGUGUUUUUGGAGGGUGAAAGCAACAGUAUAAUACAAUGUUUUACAACUAAAGUAUGUGCUCCACGGGACAGUUUAUUAUACAGUGUUCAAUCACCACACAAUGAAUCAUUAUAUUUCACUAUACUGAAAGUAACAUCAGAUGAUAUUGGUAGAAAACUGUAUUGUGUAGAUGAUGCCUUCCUUUCUCUACCAAAACCAUACUGUAAAAUUGGUAUUGUAAAAUUUUAUAUCUGGAUAUUAUGUGAAUAGUCCAAAUGAUGAAUUUUGAAAAGAAGAAUCUGUUCAUAACGGUUCAAAAUAUAAUGUCUUUCUACUGUGGGGUGAUAUGGAAUCAUAUUCUAUUUUACAUCUAUAAAAAUUGUAUUGUACUUCAGUAUUUAAGUGCGUUGAUAUAUUUGUUGUUAUUUCUAACUGUAAACAGCUAUGUUUUCGGGUUGUUGAGGCGAGUUCGGAAAGGAGAAAAAGAUAUUAACUCCUGUUAGUAACAAUGCAAUUCAACUUUGCAUGUUUUGAAGUUGGCGGCUCAGUAAAAACUGACAGUAAAGGGCAGACAAUCAACACCAAAAUUGCUAAAAGAAAAAUUAAAAGAUUUAAAUUAUUCAAUUCCUUAUAUCGUUUGGGUGAAUCCUGAUUGGAUUUUUGUUGUUUUGGAUACCACCAUUUCUAGAGAC